CGGAUUUUCGAAAUGAAGCUCUGAUUCCAUAUCCUCCGGACAGUGAAGUUUGAGACGGAAGACUUAAUAUGGACGACGUUCUACUUAAUCCAGGCGACGAAUUAGAGCUGGACGGCGACCUUCCAGCCUUCAACAUCCAACUUGCUCCUUCCGGCGACCAGGGCAGCGGAUACCAUACCCAGAAUGACCCCAAGAACCCCUACCAGCGUGAGCGCGUGGUUGAGCGUCAAGGCGCUGUCGACAUCCGCUGCUCUUUCGUCGACAUUAUCCAUGGCCUCCUUUCACCAGAGAGCGAAACCUUCUGCACACUCCUGGUGCUCCAAUUCCGGUUCGAUCCUCGCAAGCGGGCCAGGCGUAUCGCACAUGUAGAUAUCGAGCUCAGAUUUGCGGGCAGCGCUCCCGGCGUCGCUGACCCUGAUGUGUAUGCCAUCGCACCCGAUGGGCAACUCAGUUUUGCGCAAACGACACAGACAGAAAUCGCCUCUCUUGAGAGCAAGAUACACGCUGGUGGAGGCAUGCCAGGAGCGCAUACAGGAGUAGCAGUGAAGGUCGGACGGGAGGUGAUCAGGGAGAUGCAAUAUGCGACGACUGUGACGGGCUCGUCCAAUGUCCGAGGGCGUAAUUAUGGCCAGCCUAACUCGGUCUUGUGGACGCUGAUGGAGAAUCCGGAGACGAAGACGGGAGUACCGAUUGCGAUGAAGACAGCUAUUCUGCUGAAGAGGAGGGACGAGGGGCCGUUCCAAUGUGUGGUUUCGCUGAAGGCGAAGGCGGAUUGGAGAACGUCAAUGGAAUGGCUUGUUGGAACCACAAAGCCGGAUGAUCCUGUCUUAUUCGAUCCAACUUUGGAUUCCACGAGUUGUAGGUAUAGUGAGAUGGAAUUGAAGCUUGGAGAGCUGGAGUUGGAGCCCAUUUCAGAUAUCACUGUCAUGAAUCUUGUCGAUGGAGUAGUGAAAACGAGGAAGAUUGGCGGGGGUGGGCAGAAAGUGGAUAUCGGUAUCGAAUAGCAAAGCACAACAACUGUCUAUCAUUC